GAAACUUGGAAACCGGUGCCUCUCCUGUUGAAUGUUGCGAUUACUAAACUGUUGUCUGCGAGCACCGAUCACGGGACGUGAGGAGCAAAAGUGAAUUGUUGCCUAAAAAGUAAACCAAGAUGUCAGUUGAAUUUUGUGGCUGGGAGGCAAUCAAAAGUAGCCAGGGCCAUUUGGAUUCUGGUCAGGAGCCAAUGGCUGCUGCUGGUUAUACAAUGUACCACGGCACCCACAUCAGUAAUGCAGCAGAAAUUAUAAAGAAUGGGUUUCAGAGGUCCAAUGAUGGUUUGUUAGGACCUGGUGUCUAUGUGAGCCGCAACAUAGAAAAAGCCAAAUGUUAUCCCCAAAAGACAGACAAAAAUGAUAAGGUAGUACUGAAGCUCAGAGUCAAUGUUGGAAAAGUUAAAAAGAUUGACACUGACAGUCAUCCGCUUCAGAAGACCUGGCACCAGAAUGGCUACGACUGUGCAUGGGUUCCCCCAAAUAGUAAUAUUACAUCCAUCAAAUCUGGCAGGGAGGAAGACUGUGUGUGGGACCCCAAGAGAAUAAAAGUGGUGGACGUGGCACUCUGCAUAGACGAUGCAACUAGACAUGGUUUAAGGAGGCUGAUUAAAAAGAUGAGGCAAAAUUCAAAUCAUGGAAACUCUUCAAAUAAAUGUCAUAAGUGUGGAAAGGAGAUGGACACACUACAUCCAGUGCAGAAAUGCUGGAACUGCGACGAUACAAUCUGCCCUUUCCAAAGUAAACACAAAUGUAGGACUUAAUCAGAGCCACAGAUGACAACAUACCGCCUAUCGAGUCUUAAAGAUGUGAGCCCCAAAAUGAAGUCAGUACUAGCAUGGAUCAUUUGAUUAGUCUGGAUGUGAAAGAUGAGAAUUCUGUCAUUCCAAACCCUCUUUGGAAAGAAGAUUUAUGGAACGUGCCCUUCCAGCCAGAGCAAAGAAUCCAGCGAGGAUUUCAGGAAUUCAUCAAUACGUCCCUGAUAUUGUUUGUUAACUGAAUGUUAAUAAAUGAGAUCUUUCAUAAUCCAAUAUUCUUGAAGCCCUUUAAUCCAGUCUGUGAUUGGGCAUUGAACCCUUUGGAAUGUUAUGUCGUGUUUAAAACAAUGUGUGCGCUGUUGUCAUUUUAAUUAAUGUUUUGUUAUUGUUUCUGUGAGACAAUUUUCUUUAUUUUCUUAUGACCCAUACUCAGCUGGCAGCACUAUGAUCACUAACAGUAUGUGACUCUCAGCAACCUUAUCAAUAGAAAGCAAACUCACCUAAACAAUGAAAUUGCUCCAAAGCUUUCAAUGAUUAAAUCAAGAAAAAAGCACUUUUGAGUUUCAGUAGUUUGUGUUUAUAUAACUAUAAAGAAUUUAAAAUAAACAUAUUAUUUUAUUUUUA